CGGCUCAGCGUACGGCAACGCCAUGGCCAGUGAGUCUCACCUCGUCCCCCCCGGGACGGGACCGGGGACCCGCGCCUUCCGCCUGGCGCUCAUCCAGCUGCGAGUUUCGUCAGUCAAGGCGGAAAACCUGGCCCGAGCCACUGGGUUGAUAAGGGAGGCGGCAGCCCAAGGAGCCCAGGUUGUGUCUCUGCCGGAGUGCUUCAAUUCUCCCUAUGGCACUAAGUACUUUCAGCAAUAUGCAGAGAAAAUUCCCGGGGAAUCCACACAAAAGCUUUCUGAAGUAGCAAAGGAGUGCGGCAUUUAUCUCAUUGGAGGUUCGAUUCCUGAAGAGGAUGCCGGGAAACUGUACAACACGUGCACCGUGUUUGGUCCCGACGGGUCUCUUCUGGUGAAGCACAGGAAGAUUCACUUGUUUGACAUUGAUGUUCCUGGAAAGAUUCGCUUCCAAGAAUCGGAAACGCUGAGCCCCGGAGACAGUCUGUCUACGUUUGAUACACCUUACUGCAAAGUGGGACUGGGGAUCUGCUAUGACAUCCGCUUUGCUGAGCUCGCUCAGAUCUACACCCAGAGAGGAUGCCAGCUGUUGGUAUACCCGGGUGCUUUUAACAUGACGACGGGACCGGCCCACUGGGAGCUGCUGCAGCGGGGCCGGGCCGUUGACAACCAGCUGUACGUGGCCACAACCUCUCCUGCUCGAGAUGAAAAGGCUUCUUACGUGGCGUGGGGACACAGCACCGUGGUAGGCCCCUGGGGAGAUGUCCUAGCCAAAGCUGGCCCGGAGGAAACGGUUCUUCACACAGACAUAGAUCUCAAAAAGGUGGCUGAAGUCCGCCAGCAGAUACCCAUUCUUAGCCAGCGGCGCCCUGAUGUCUACGCCAAAGAAGCAAAGAAGUUUUGAGCUGGUGUCUCCCAGUCACAAGGGAGGUGUGAUGCUGGGGAAUUGUUCGGGUCUGCUGGUAUACCUUUGUUUUCUCCUCCCACCUUUAACGAAGCCCCUGAGCCAGAGCAGCAGACGGUAUUUACUCCCAACUCAGCACCAUGCUUCCUUCCUCACCCCGGAGGUGUCGCGUGAUCCAAAAACCGGAAUGAUUAUUUUCAAGUGCCUUAAGCUAAAUGAGCCUCGUGGUACGGCCAACUGGAUCCUAACAAGGCCAGUGAGCUAGACUCCACCACUUCAGCCUGCAGUUUAGGGUAAGGAUGCCUUGUACAUGGGAAAGUUCCUCUGGUCCAAGUGUGAGCGAGAGACUUCGGCUCUUCUCCUGACUCUGUCACCAGUUCCCCACCGUGUCUUUCUCAAGGAAAGCAGGUGGUGGAAGAAGAAAGCGGUUCCACCUGUCUUCCCUUUCCUGAGACUUGAUUCCAGACCUUCUAUUAGCCACAGGGUCUGCUGCCCUUGAGCUUGGAGCCUUGUGAGGGGAAGCUGGGUUAGGUACAGGGAGCCACAGACUAGGGAAAUGAGCCGAUCGCUUCCACUGAGGCAAGCAAUCCGCUUCCUCACAAAUCAACCUCCCACUUGGAUUCAAGGCCAAGGUGAAGGGAGAAAAGAAAGAUGCAAAGUUAUUAAGGCUACCUAAACCCUUUUCCUUUCCUGUGCGGGAUUACUGUUAACUCUUUGUCACGAGUCACAAGAGC